UGUCUGCUGGCUGGGCUGCUCAGCUUGAACUGGAGAGCUGAACUGUGUCGAGAUGCUGCCCCUUGAGAAGCCUUUGACACAUCUUAAAUGCAGUGCUAACAUUUGAAGGCUGAAAAAUGCAGCUUCCCAUCUGGGUGGUGGUGUGGAAAGCCCACCAGCCUGUGCUGCGGUGUGCCCCAGCUCUAGGGAUCUCUGGAACAGACAGGUAGACAUCUUCUAGGAGAGCUGCCUGCUCUGGGACUGGCAAGUGAGCACAUCACUGAAGAGCUCUUCUGGAAAUGCUGUGGAAAUCCAAGCUCAGGGGUUCGGGAGGUGGGAGCUCAGCCUCUUCCACCACGGAGCAGCACGACUCCCUCUGCCAGGAUGCUUGGCUUCCAGUAGCAACUCCGGACAAAAAUCCAGACUUCCAGGACUCUGAAGAAGCAGUGGCAAGCAGGAUGCUUUUCCCCACGUCCACGCAAGAGUCUUCCCGUGGCCUCCCAGACACCAAUGAUCUGUGCCUUGGCCUGCAGUCCCUCAACCUGACAGGGUGGGACAGACCCUGGAGCACCCAGGACUCUGACGCUGCAGCACAAACCAGCACACAGUCGGUUCUCAGCAUGCUGAGUAACCCUCUGGGGAAUGUCCUGGGGAAGCCCCCGCUGGGUUUCCUGCCUCUGGACCCCAUUGGCUCUGACCUGUCAGAAAAGUUUUCCACACCAACGCUGAGGAAUUCCCGCCUGGACUCCCGCUCCCUCCUGGACUCCCGGUCCAGCAGCCCCUCGGACUCGGACACCAGUGGCUUCAGCUCUGGCUCUGACCACCUCUCAGACUUGAUUUCAAGCCUUCGGAUCUCCCCCCCUCUGCCUUUCCUGCCCCUCAGUGGGGUGUCAAGAGACCCCCUAAAGAUGGGAGUAGGGUCCCAGCUGGAUCAAGAUCAAGCUGCUCUGGCUGCAGUAACUUCCUCCCCAGCCAGUGCAUCGAAAAGAUGGCCUGGAGCAUCAGCGUGGCCUUCCUGGGAUCUUCUGGACUCUCCAGAUGACCCCUUCAGUAUUGAAAGAGAAGCUAGGCUUCACAGGCAAGCAGCAGCUGUGAAUGAAGCAACCUGUACCUGGAGUGGGCAGCUGCCUCCCCGAAACUACAAGAAUCCUGUUUACUCCUGCAAAGUGUUCCUGGGAGGAGUCCCGUGGGACAUUACGGAAGCUGGACUGAUCAACACCUUCCGUGUGUUUGGCUCCCUGAGUGUGGAGUGGCCUGGUAAGGAUGGCAAACACCCACGCUGCCCUCCCAAAGGUAAUAUGCCUAAAGGAUACGUCUACCUGGUGUUUGAGUCGGAGAAAUCUGUGCGUGCUCUGCUCCAGGCAUGCUCCCAGGACUUGUUAAGCCCUGAUGGGCUCUCUGAAUACUACUUCAAGAUGUCCAGCCGCAGGAUGCGCUGCAAAGAGGUGCAGGUGAUCCCAUGGGUGCUGGCAGACAGCAACUUUGUGCGCAGCCCAUCGCAGCGGCUUGACCCCAGCAAGACGGUGUUCGUGGGGGCUCUGCAUGGAAUGCUCAACGCGGAGGCGCUGGCGGCUGUCAUGUAUGACCUGUUCGGAGGGGUGGUCUACGCUGGCAUCGACACGGACAAGCACAAGUACCCCAUCGGGUCUGGCCGUGUCACCUUCAACAACCAGCGCAGUUACCUGAAGGCUGUGACUGCUGCAUUCGUAGAGAUCAAAACCACCAAGUUUACUAAGAAGGUUCAAAUUGACCCGUACCUGGAAGACUCCAUGUGCCAAGUCUGCAGCACCCAGCCUGGCCCCUUCUUCUGCAGAGACCAGAUCUGCUUCAAGUACUUCUGCCGCUCCUGCUGGCACUGGCAGCACUCCAUGGAGGUCCUGCGUCACCACCGCCCGCUGAUGCGCAACCAGAAGAACAGAGACUCCAGCUAAAGGGGCCACCAGGGCUCGGGGGCCGCCGCAGGCGCAGGAGCAAGUCCUUUGUUAACCCGCCGAGCGGAGAGCGCACGACGCUGGUGCCAGACCCAGGCUGGGAACGCGCUUCCUGAGGACUAACGGGGAGGGGGGGGAGAAACCAAUAAUCUUACAUUCAUGUUUGCACUUGCUGGUCUUUUUGUUUCUGCACUAAUGCACAGUGAAUUUUGUUGGGGUUUGUUUGGGGGUGUUUUUGAGGGGGAGGAGCGCCCCUCAAGCGAUUCUGCAGUUCCCAGACUUUGGUUCCUAGUUUGCUGAUGAGAAGCAAAAAAA